CAAUUCCAAGCUUUGAAGAGAAGCUGGCACCGGUGGUUUUGUGUGCUGUGCUAAGAGUGUUGCUGCAGGCAGCUGAGCAGACGGCAUGGGAAAGCUGGAAAGCCACGACACGAAUGCAGUGACCUAUGAUGAUGUACAUGUCGACUUCACCUGGGAAGAAUGGGCUUUGCUGGAUCCUUCCCAGAAGAGUCUCUACAAAGAUGUAAUGCUGGAGACCUACAGAAACCUCACUACUAUAGGAUACAGUUGGGAAGACCAUAAUAUUGAAGAACUUUGUCAAAGUUCUAGAAGACAUGAAAGGCAUGAAAAAAGUCAAACUAGAGAGAAAACUUCUGUAUAUACUCAAUGUGUUAAAGCAUUUGCAAAUGACAGUCAUCUUCACAGUGAUGAAAAAACAGAUGCUAGAUUAAAACCCUAUGAAGAAAAUGAGUGUGGUAAAGCCUUUUCACAUCACAGUCAUCUUCUAAUGCAUAAAAGAACUUACACUGGAGAGAAACCCUAUGAAUGUAAUCAGUGUGGUAAAGCCUUUGUUUAUCAGAGUUAUCUACAAAUUCAUGAAAGAAGCCAUACUGGAGAGAAACCCUAUGAAUGUAAUCAGUGUGGUAAAGCCUUUGCACAGCAAAGUAAUCUUCAACGUCAUGAAAGAACCCAUACUGGAGAGAAGCCCUAUGAAUGUAAUCAGUGUGGUAAAGCCUUUGCACGUCAUAGUCAUCUACAAAGGCAUGAAAGAAGCCAUACUGGAGAGAAACCCUAUAAAUGUAAUCAGUGUGGUAAAGCCUUUGCACGUCAUAGUUUUCUACAAAGUCAUGAAAAAAGCCAUACUGGAGAGAAGCCCUAUGAAUGUAAUCAAUGUUGUAAAACUUUUGCUCAACACAGUAAUCUUCAAAGGCAUCAAAGACUACAUACUGGAGAGAAACCCUAUGUAUGUAAUCAGUGUGGUAAGGCCUAUGCACAACACAUUAAUCUUCAAAGUCAUGAAAGAAGCCAUACUGGAGAGAAACCCUAUAAAUGUAAUCAGUGUGGUAAAGCCUUUGCACAGCACAGUUAUCUACAAAUUCAUGAAAGAAGCCAUACUGGAGAGAAACCCUAUAAAUGUAAUCAGUGUGGUAAAGCCUUUGUUUUUCAGAGCUAUCUACAAAUGCAUGAAAGAAGCCAUACUGGAGAGAAACCCUAUAAAUGUAAUCAGUGUGGUAAAGGCUUUGCACAGCACAGUUAUCUACAAAUUCAUGAAAGAAGCCAUACUGGAGAGAAACCCUAUAAAUGUAAUCAGUGUGGUAAAGCCUUUGCACAGCACAGUUAUCUACAAAUUCAUGAAAGAAGCCAUACUGGAGAGAAACCAUAUGAGUGUAAUCAGUGUGGUAAAGCCUUUGCUUAUCACAGUUCUCUAAAAAUGCAUGAAAGAAACCAUACUGGAGAGAAACCCUAUAAAUGUAAUCAGUGUGGUAAAGCCUUUGUUUAUCACAGUUAUCUACAAAUGCAUGAAAGAAGCCAUACUGGAGAGAAACCCUAUAAAUGUAAUCAGUGUGGUAAAGCCUUUGCACUUCAUAGUAAUCUACAAAGGCAUGAAAGAAACCAUACUGGAGAGAAACCAUAUGAGUGUAAUCAGUGUGGUAAAGCCUUUGCACAGCACUGUUCUCUAAAAAUGCAUGAAAGAAACCAUACUGGAGAGAAACCCUAUAAAUGUAAUCAGUGUGGUAAAGCCUUUGUUUAUCACAGUUAUCUACAAAUUCAUGAAAGAAGCCAUACUGGAGAGAAACCCUAUAAAUGUAAUCAGUGUGGUAAAGCCUUUGCACUUCAUAGUCAUCUACAAAGGCAUGAAAGAACCCAUACUAGAAAGAAACAUUAUGAAUGUAAUUAGUGUGGUAAAGCCUUUGUUUAUCAUAGUCAUCUUCAAAGACAUGAACUAACACAUGCUGGAGAGAAACCCUAUGAAUGUAAUGAGUGUGGUAAAGCCUUUUCACUUCACAGUACUCUUCAAAUGCAUAAAAGAUCACACACUGGAGAUAAACUCUAUGAAUGUAAUCAGUGUGGUAAAACCUUUGCAUAUAUGAAUAAUCUAAAUCAUGAGAAAAAAUUCAUACUGCAGAGAAACCCUAUAAAUGUAGCCAGUGUGAUAAAGUUUUGUACUUUAUAUAAGAGUAAAACUUUUUGUUGCAACAAUCUGUUAAAAUCUUUGCAUAUUGCAAUAGACAUUGACAACCUGAAAAAGAUACUGAGGACUUCUUAUUAUAAAGUAUUUGGUAAGAUUUUUAGCCAAAACACUUAUAAUCAGCUACACAAUGAUUUGGGAUUCCCCUCUGUAUUCUGUGAAUGUAUUUUGUUACCUUGUUUAAUAAAGAAGCUGCUUUGGGUCUCUGGCAGGGCAGAAUAGAGCAAGGCAGGAAUUCCAAGCAGAGAUAGAGGAGAAAAGAAAGUGAAGUCAGACUCCAUGUAUCUGCUGAAGGAGACAAAUGCCCUGGAACCUUACUGGUAAAUCACAAGUCUUGUGGUAAAAUACAAAAUAAUAGGGAUGGGUUAAUUUAAGAUGUCAGAGUUAGUUAAUAAGAAUCCUGAGCUAAGGCUAAGCAGUGUUUUAAUUAGUAUAGUUUCUGUGUGAUUAUUUCGGUUCUGGGCAGCCAGGAAUGAACAAGAGUCCUCCGCCUACAACACAAGACUAUUUCUUCUGUAGAAAUAAAUUUGACAGUGUUAACAAUCUUUUCAAGCAUUAUGAUGUCCUUUUUAUACUGUUUAUACUUACAAACUCAUGGUAAAAUGAAUUUAUGAAGCUCUAUGUGUAGGGUAAAUGGGCCAGCCAAAGAAACACAUCCUGACCCUGAAACCAGAGCCAGUGAAAUACAUAAUUUUUGACUCUGAAACUGGAGCCAGAGAAAUACAUCCUGACUCUAAAACCAAGAUAAAGAAACACACUUUAUUCCUGAAUCCAGAGCCAAUGAAAGAAACGCCUGACCCUGAAACCAGACUCAAAAGGUUAUAAGGGGCCAGUGAAAGAACACAGUUUGGCCCUGAAACUAAAGAAACAUACUCUACCCUUGACUGACUGAGCACAAAACCAGCUAAUCCCUAAACUUGAGCUCUACCAACCCCUGAGCAUGAAAUCCAGCCUAUCUCUGCAUUGUUCAAAAUCAGGGAUUGACAUCUAACUAAUUCCCACCCUGAGACUCUUCUCCCUGGGAAAACUCUGCCCCUAAGAAUUCCUAUAUAAGUUCUGUACCUGUUCAGUUGGCAUCUGCCCAUUUCUGCCCUGGCAGAGGCAGCCCCUCUCCUGGAUUCUUCCGUUCCAAAUGAUUUUCUUGAAUGAGUUUUGGGUGAAGACCUUUCACCGGAGUGAUAAGAAACUCUGUAGUGGAUUGGAACAGAGAAGCUUUGGUCACCUCUGCUGGCAAAUUUCCCUUAAAGGAGCAGAGCAGAAGUAGCAACUCUUCACCAGAGACUGCAACAUUUCUGCAAAAGUUUCCCAUCAACUCCAGUGAAGCAGAGAAGUAACAAUUUGGGCUGAAGCUGAGAAAAAAAAUUAACAUCUCUGUUAGGAAACUCCCUAGUGGGGUGGAACAGAGAAGCAUUGGACACCUCUGCUAGGAAACUCCCUUAGGGAAGUGGAACAGAACAGCAAUAGACGUCUCUGCUUUGAAGCUCUCUUAGCAGAGUGAAGCAGGUCCUAGCUGUGAUGGCUCUCUUGGAGAGGAGCAGCCAUUGCUACAUCCUGCAGGGAGAACAUCUCCCACUGGAACACAGCCUCGGGUAUAGCCGGACUUCCCAAUAGUCAGUAUAUGUCAGGGACCAUCUUUGACAAGUAUACCACUUACCUGGGUAGGGGCAUAGGGAUUAGAAAAAUAAGAGGAUGAAGACAAAGUGAAAAUAAUAAAACAGAAGCAUAAGAUAGUACCGGGAGGGAGUUCCAGUGAAUACUGUAAAUCUGCCUGCAUUUAAUUUUCCAUAUACAUUUCUACCCCAAUACAGCAGGGGGAGAAGACAAAAGGCUGCUUUAACAUGAUGCAAAGGACAGCUAGAACAGUUACUUGCUUCAAUACUUUGAGCCGUCAAGUCCUUAAUUAUUGAGAAAACAUUCUGUUAUUCAGGCAGUGAAUCCUAAAGGCAGUGAUUUCCUAGGUCAAAUCUCUUAAUUCAAAUGAAAGAGCAGAAGGAUGUUUGAAUUCUCUCACCUUUGCUCAAGGGGGAGUAGGCAUAUCUGUAUGGGCCCUUUUAAAGUCCAAAAGGCAAAACAUCCACACCUUAGGUCAGGGUGUGUAGCCAUACCUGUUAACAACUUUGAGCAACCUCAAACUCUGACCUCCAGGAAAGGUGGAAAUAGGUUCAAGGUUUUGGACCUCCACAAGGAUACCUUUUCUCUUGAUAGCUGUGGGUAUCCAGUACACUUUCCCUUCUUGGCUGUAGGUAUGGCCUGACUUCUAACAGUCAGGGUACCUUCCCUCCACAGCUUCAGUUCUAGACAGACUUCUCAACAGUCAGGAUUCCUUUCUCCUCAUAGCUGUAGUUGUCCAGUAUACUUUCCUUCACAGCUGUAGGUAUGUCCUGACAUGAUAGUGAGGGUACCUUUCUCUUUAGAGCUAUAAGUACUCAGGGUACCUUUUCUCCACAGUUUCAGGUAUAGCCUGACUUAAUAACAGUCUGGGUAGCUUUCCUGUCAGCUGUAGGUAUCCAAGAUUGUAGUUGGAGACUGCUCAGGCAGUUUCCGGAGCCAUCUAGACCCAAACAGUCACACAAAAUAUAUUAAUUACAACACUGUUUGGCCUGUUAGCUCAAGAUUCUUAUUAACUCAUUUUUACAUCUUAAAUUAACCCAUUUCUAUUAAUCUCACCACAAGGCUGUGGCUUAUCAGUAAGGUUCUGUUCUUGGCACCUUUCUGCUUCAACAACUACAUUGUAUCUCUUUUACUCCACCUACUCUCUCUAUAUCUCUUCCAGCCUGACUGUAUUCUGCCCUGCUAUAGGACAAAGCAAUUUCUUUAUUAACCAAUGGUAAUAAAACAUGUUCGCAGCCUACAGAGGGGAAUCCCACAUCACAGGAUAACUUUCCUUCACAGCUAUAGGUAUAGGCCGAUUUCUGACAAUCAGUGUUGUGGGGAGGUCGCUUGAUUGGUUCCCAGCCUCCUGGCUAGCUUAGAUCUGAAAUAACCACACAAAAACUGUAUUAAUUAAAUCACUGCUUGGCCCAUUAGCUCUGGCUUCUUAUUGGCUGACUCUUACAUAUUAA